UCCAAACAGUGAGUCUUGAGCUGGAGAGCAGCGUUUACCGGCGGGGCGGCCGGUGAGAGGACUGCCGGUGCUGCGGCUUUUAGGAGGCUUGGCGAGGACGUGGGACGAGCAGCGUGAGGGGAGAGGGCUUGGCUGGUUUUGUGAAUGAAGCAAUGGCUACAGAUUCCCCCAGAAGACCCAGUCGUUGUACUGGUGGAGUCGUGGUUCGCCCUCAGGCUGUCACGGAGCAGUCCUACAUGGAAAGUGUCGUGACUUUUCUGCAGGAUGUUGUGCCCCAGGCUUACAGUGGAACACCUCUAACAGAAGAAAAGGAGAAAAUAGUCUGGGUCAGAUUUGAAAAUGCAGAUUUAAAUGAUACAUCAAGAAAUCUGGAAUUUCAUGAAAUACAUAGCACAGGGAAUGAGCCACCUUUGCUGAUUAUGAUUGGCUACAGUGAUGGAAUGCAGGUCUGGAGCAUCCCUAUCAGUGGGGAAGCACAGGAGCUUUUUUCUGUUCGACAUGGCCCAAUUCGAGCAGCUAGAAUCUUGCCUGCUCCACAGUUUGGUGCUCAAAAGUGUGACAACUUUGCUGAAAAAAGGCCCCUCCUUGGUGUUUGUAAGAGCGCUGGAUCUUCUGGCACAAGUCCACCUUACUGUUGUGUGGAUUUAUAUUCACUUCGUACUGGGGAGAUGGUCAAGUCCAUUCAGUUUAAAACACCUAUCUAUGAUCUCCAUUGCAACAAAAGGAUCCUUGUCGUAGUAUUACAGGAGAAAAUUGCUGCCUUUGAUAGCUGUACUUUCACAAAAAAAUUUUUUGUCACAAGCUGCUACCCUUGCCCCGGGCCCAACAUGAAUCCUAUUGCUCUUGGGAGCCGCUGGCUUGCUUAUGCAGAAAACAAGUUGAUUCGAUGUCAUCAGUCCCGUGGUGGAGCCUGUGGAGACAACAUUCAGUCUUAUACUGCCACAGUCAUUAGUGCUGCUAAAACAUUGAAAACUGGCCUGACAAUGGUUGGGAAGGUGGUGACUCAGCUGACAGGCACGCUGCCUUCAGGUGUGACAGAAGAUGAUGUUGCCAUCCAUAGUAAUUCAAGGCGGAGUCCUCUGGUCCCAGGCAUCAUCACAGUAAUCGACACUGAGACAGUUGGAGAGGGCCAGGUGCUUGUGAGUGAGGAUUCUGACAGUGAUGGCAUCGUGGCCCAUUUCCCUGCUCAUGAAAAACCAGUGUGCUGUAUGGCUUUUAAUACAAGCGGAAUGCUUCUAGUCACAACAGACACCCUUGGCCAUGACUUCCAUGUCUUCCAAAUUUUGACUCAUCCUUGGUCCUCAUCACAAAGUGCUGUCCAUCAUCUGUAUACUCUUCACAGGGGAGAAACUGAAGCCAAAGUACAAGACAUAUGCUUCAGCCAUGACUGUCGCUGGGUUGUGGUCAGUACACUCCGGGGGACUUCCCACGUUUUCCCAAUCAACCCUUAUGGUGGCCAGCCUUGUGUUCGAACACAUAUGUCACCACGAGUGGUAAAUCGUAUGAGCCGUUUCCAGAAGAGUGCUGGGCUGGAAGAGAUUGAACAGGAACUGACAUCUAAGCAAGGAGGUCGCUGUAGCCCUGUUCCAGGUCUAUCCAGCAGCCCUUCUGGAUCUCCUCUGCACGCUUCAAUCAACACCUUGUUCCUGCAUCUGAAUUGUUUUCCGCUUAUUUCUUCAGGGAAACUCAACAGCCAAGACUCCUACAAUAAUUUUGCCAACAACAACCCUGGCAACCCCCGGCUUUCUCCUCUCCCCAGCCUGAUGGUAUUGAUGCCUCUUGCACAAAUCAAGCAGCCAGUGACAUUGGGGACCAUCACCAAACGAACAGGGCCUUAUCUGUUUGGAGCGGGGUGUUUUUCCAUAAAAGCUCCAUGCAAAGUUAAACCACCUCCACAAAUUUCACCCAGCAAAUCAAUGGGCGGAGAAUUUUUCGUGGCUGCGACGUUUGGGACAUCCCGAUCGUGGUUUGCAAAUAAUGCAGGUCUGAAAAGAGAAAAAGAUCAGUCCAAACAAGUUGUAGUUGAAUCCCUCUACAUUAUUAGCUGCUACGGGACCUUAGUGGAGCACAUGAUGGAGCCAAGACCGCUUAGCACUGCACCCAAGAUCAGCGAUGACACCCCACUGGAAAUGAUGACAUCUCCCCGAGCCAGCUGGACUCUAGUUAGAACUCCUCAAUGGAAUGAAUUGCAACCACCAUUUAACGCAAACCACCCUCUGCUCCUCGCCGCAGAUGCAGUACAGUAUUAUCAGUUCCUGCUUGCUGGCCUGGUUCCCCCUGGAAGUCCUGGGCCCAUUACUCGGCAUGGGUCCUAUGACAGUUUAGCUUCUGACCAAAGUGGACAGGAAGAUGAAGAGUGGCUGUCUCAGGUAGAAAUUGUAACGCACACCGGACCCCACAGACGUCUGUGGAUGGGUCCACAGUUCCAGUUCAAAACCAUCCAUCCCUCAGGCCAAACCACAGUCAUAUCAUCCAGUUCAUCUGUGUUGCAGUCUCAUGGUCCAAGUGAUACUCCACAGCCCCUUUCGGAUUUUGAUACAGAUGAUCUUGAUCUCAACAGUCUCAGGAUCCAGCCAGUCCGCUCUGACCCAGUCAGCAUGCCAGGGUCAUCCCGUCCAGUGUCUGAUCGAAGGGGAAUUUCCACCGUGAUUGAUGCUGCCUCAGGUAGAAAACUACCUCCAAAGUGUUUACUGGGUACCUUCGACCGGAGCGUGACCCUGCUGGAGGUGUGUGGGAGCUGGCCGGAGGGCUUCGGGCUACGGCACAUGGCCUCCAUGGAGCACACGGAGGAGGGCCUGCGGGAGCGGCUGGCCGAUGCCAUGGCCGAGUCACCGAGCCGGGACGUGGUGGGAUCCGGAACAGCACUAGCUUCAUGCCUGCCCAUAGCUCUCGUGUGAUAAUUGCCAAAUGAACAGAUUAGAUGCAAGAGAGGGAGUUGGCUAGAGAUGGAGAGGUGCUUUAUCUGGCCACAGGAGACAGCCGUCUCUGAGGACCAGGCCCCCUCCACGCCCCCUUCUUCCCUGGAAAGGAAGACGUACACCAUGGAAGCUGCAACAAGCCAUGUCCCACCCCCUCGACUCCCACAAGCACAGACAUGGGCACGCCACCUCUCCACCCCCAUUGUAAAGCCAUCCGACUCGUGAAUGGAAGAUCAUCAUGCCAUUGUUCUCCCACCUGGAUCCGGAGAUGAGAAGCAGCUCUGCCAUUUACAGGGGCUCUAACCCCAUUUUGCUUGGAAGCUGGCCGAAGGGAGAAAAGCUUUUCCCUUUCUGAACCUUGCUCGUAGCACAGCUUUCCCCUACGUCUCUGGGGCCCUGGCCAGCCCCAGCUCACACAAACCAGAGCCGGUGGCACCAGACACACUCCCAAGGAGCCACCCUUCCAGGGGCCAGAGCAGCUCUGGGUCAGCUCUCCUCCCCAGCCGCCUUCCUCAGAAGCCACUUAGAGCACCUCCGUGUCAUCCAGCAGCAGACUGGAAGUCUUGGAAGGCACAUUCAGGCAGAGUUGGGGAACUUCAGCCUGGCACAGACCAUGAGUAACCUGAGCGAAGCUGGCAGCCAUUCAUCUGCCAGACAGCUGAAGGAUUCGGGAAAGUCUUUGUGGCCUUAAUAAGCAGGUUCAUGAAAUUAAAAAAAAAAAAAAAAAAAAAAGAGAGAGAAAAAGAGAGAAAGGAAAUUAAAACUGCAUGACCCAUAGGUCAGAAAGUAGGAGACGCCCUUUUUUAGCAGAGGGGUUUCAUUUUCUCCCCAAACUGUCACCAAACGGGAUUCAUUCGGUUUUCUUUGACCAAAUUAAAUCUAUCAGUCUAUAUGUGUGCACACACAUAUAUGUUUUUGUUGUUGUUUUUAAACUCGGCCUCGAUUUUAAAGGCCAAUAAGUUAAGCAGAUAUCAUGGAAGUUAACCUGUUCCCCUCUGCCUUUGUUGAGAAUCAGUUUUCACAUUUUGCAACUCCAGAUAAAGUAUCAGCCUGGUCGCGCAGCCCAGGGCCUUGAAAGGGCAGCCUGACACACCCACACCAGAGUCAGCCUGCUGCCCAGAGAUAGCCAGGCAACGUGGAUGAGAAUUUCCAGCAAGUCACCCUUUGCUCAGAGCAGCCUCUCAGUCCCGCUCUCGCUUUCCACAACCUGCUCCUCUAGGUGCUCAUGGGAUAGGGUGACCCAAGCAUGUGCCUCUGUUGGUUCCUCCGAGGCACCAGAGAUGAUCAGUUUCUGUAAUGCCUGCAGCAGGCUCUUUGUUUAGUGUAGUACCCGGGACGGAUGCUCCAUGACCCCUGACACCAAAGCCCAUUGUAUCCAUGCUUCACUAUUAUACAGGUUUACCUAGUGACGUGCCGGUAAAUGUUUAACAACCAGCUCUCCAAAGGGAAGCAGGAAAGCCCUGAUUUAUAGCAGUUGGGCAUUGCCAUAGGACAGAACCUCCCAUUACGGCCAAUUUCAAGCUAUCAGCAUGAUGCCAGUCACCUAGCAGAAUUCCUGAAAAUGUAGCAGUCAGCCAGCUCCAGCACCCCACUGGUAAGCUGUACCAUAGUGCAAAACAACUCUCCCCCAAAGUAAAGCAAAACCUUUCAAACUAUUCGCAGAGUGGUCUGUGAACCAUCAGCACUGUCUCUAUCCAGGAGCUGAUUAAAAAUGCAGAAUCUCAGGCCCCACCUAGCCCUACUGAAUCAGCACCUGCGUUUUGACGAGAUCUCUGUGCACAUUAAAGUUUGAGAAGGCCCGUUUUAAAACGUAGUUGACCUGUGAGGCGGAUGUUAGCUCUGUCCUCCAGGAUGGCUGUGACCAGUUAGUCCAAUUGGAUCAAAAUUAGAUUUGCAAGUCCAGCUCAAAAAUAACUGACUGAAUUGCUUUCUUUCUAAUAUCCUCACACCUCUUGCCCCUGUUACCUUUCCAUUGUCCCCAGUCAGCAAAACAAAAUCCGGGUCAAGCCAACUCUGCUCAUACACUUAGGUUGCUGGAGAAAAAUCAUAAGUUGUUCAGAUCGGUACCUCUACAAACGUAUGGUGUUCACUCUCCAGUGAGCCCUGGCAGUCCUUCUGCAUUUUCCCAGUGCCUCCUUUUCCAGUUCUCAGUUUGCACUCAUCUUUUGCAGCAGAUCCCAGUGGCUAGAACAGUGUCUGACACAUAGGGGGUGUGCGGUAACUACUGGGUGAAUGGAUUCUACGUUUAACCUAGGUGUUAGCAGCUCUGCUGCAGCCCCUGCUUUACUGCUGUGGCUUCUGGCCUGUUUUCAUUCUCUUAGAGAUUCCCCAGAUCUCUGGUCCUCUAAGAGUUUGUACUUUAUUAUUUUUUUCCAUAUUUUUGCCGUUUAUUUGGUAUGAAUUAGUCUGCGCUUUAUUCAGUCUGGGACCUGUGCUCUGUCCACCCAGCAUCUUGAAAUCAGUCUCUUUCCUUCUUCAUGGACACUAUGUCAAACUUCCCGUUCCCCUCAAAUCUCUUACCCCACCAGCUUGUCUCUCACCCUCAGAAAAUGGUGGUCACCAUUUGAGCAAUCCCUUGGCCUCCUGCACCCAGACCCUAAACGUCCCUGCAGCAACCUCCCCUCCCCUCCUGUCCAGAGGAGGAGCAGUUCCUACCCCCAGCCUGCCCGGCCACAACACCCAGAGUCACCACCGAAUGUCCAUUUUGCCCCAGCGCUGGCCCGAUGAGCCAGGCCCGGUGAUCUUGGAGCAAUCUCCCUGGAGUUCCUGUUUCACCGCACUCUCAUGGUUUUUCUUCUGCCUCUGCCACUUCUCCGUCCUUUCCCUGGGCUUGCUUUCUCUGUCGGCCUUCAAUGUAUUUCUCCAGGCCCUUUCUUAGCCCUCUUUCCUCUCCCUCAGUGCGAACAGGGCCAUCCCCUCUGCUUCUGUGGCCUCAAUUACUACCCAUAAACCGAUGAUUUCCAAAGAUUCUCCAAGUUGGCUUCCUCUCCUGAUCUCCAGAACAUCUCUCCGGUCACCUGUCGAUGUUGCCACAUAUCCAAAAACUGAACUUCUCUCCCCCCAGCCCUGUCCUUCUCCCGGAUUCACCCCCAUCUCAUCGCGUACAAAGCCCUUCAUGACCAGCCGCUGCCCUGUCUGCGGACUCCUCUCUCACUGCUCUGGGCGAGCUGCAGCCACGCUGAAGUCCCCAGAGGGUCCCUAAGCACACGUGUUCCCUCUACCUGCCGGGCCUCUACACAAACUUCUCCUCCUGCCGGGAAUGCUGUCUCCUAAAGCCCCUCCUUUCUCAGCCCCUCAAAAUAACAUGACUAAUUCCUGCUUUUAGUAGACAUGCCUUUCAAUAUUGCCUUUUCAAGAAAACUAGGAUUUUUUUCGAUAAGCAAAACAUUUACUUAUUCCAGUUGUUUUGUGUCUAAGUAAAGGUAUAACCUAAUACCAAAAAAUUUUUCAUAAACACCUGGACACAUAUUAAGGUUAUUUUCACUUUAACUCUUUCAAUCACUAUUUAGCUAAACCUUGUCUUUCUUUUUUUGGCUUUCUCCCACAUCCAAUAGCAAAAGCCCUAGGCCUCAUUCACAGGUCCUGACCAGCUGUUUAAAGUAUUGACACAUCUCUGUUGCAGGCAGCCUCCCUUUGCUGCUGUUGACUCUUAAGAGCUCACUAAGUCAGCAGUCAAGGUCAAGGGGGACUGACUCUUCCCCAUGACUGUGGCUUCCUGCAGUCCCGGGAACGCUGUUUCAUUCUCCUUUAUGAUCACAGCACUAAGGGUAGGAAAGAGGCUCAUCCUUUUCUGUCUAGAGUCUCUUUAACAGAUUCUGUCCUAGUCCAGAAGCAGCUACUCUGCUGGGAUCACACUGGGGGCUUAAUCUUUACCUCUUACCUUCCAUCAGAAAUACAUUUACUUCCUUG